CAUCUGACCAGAUCAUACCACACCAUACCAUUUUCUCUCUCAUCUUCUUCCCCAAAAUUCCGAUAUUCUCAUUUUCCCCCAAUUUCAUUUCUAGGGUUUGAGGACCCCCAUUUCCAGUUCCUCUCAAACCCUAAAUUUCAAUAUGUUUCCCCAAUUUUCCAAUUUCUCUUUCCUAUUCCUCUCUCUCCUCUUAAUCACCUUUACCCAAAUCGCAAAAUGUGACACCCAACCUUCCGUCAUUCGAUUACCCACCGAUUUCGCCGGAGAUGCUAAGUUAUGCUCGCCUGAAGAAUCUUCCCCAAAAUCUUGCCCAGUUAAAUGUUUUCGACCCGACCCAGUUUGCGGCGAAAAUGGGGUUACCUACUGGUGCGGUUGCGCGGAUGCUUAUUGCUCGGGUACUCGGGUCGCAAAGUUAGGCUAUUGUGAGGUGGGAAGUGGUGGGUCGGGUCCAUUGUCGGGUCAAGCUUUUCUGUUGGUUCAUCUGAUAUGGCUUAUUGUAUUGGGGUUUUCUGUUCUUUGUGGUUUACUUUGAAAUUUUGAAGGAAUUCUUUGUGAUUUGUACUAAUUCUUUUGGAAGGGAUUAAUGUAUGUAAUUGAGCAAAUGAUUUGAUUAUAGGGUGUUGUAGACGAUAAUUGAUUUUUAUGUAUGUAAUUAACGGAUUAUUGUAUUGGAAAUGAAUUUUUUGAGUUGCUUCUUGUGUA